AUGGCAGGAGGUAGGAACGAUCGUGCAAUCGCUGAUGCUCUACAAGCGAUGGCUCAGGCUCUUGGUAAUUUGAACCAACGACCAGAGAUAGAUUGGUUAGAGAGAUUCCAGCGAAAUAAUCCGCCAAGCUUCCGUGGAGGUUAUAAUCCUGAUGGAGCUGCUGACUGGAUUUUUGAAGUUGAAAAGAUAUUCCAAGCUAACUUUGCCUGCCUUCAUGCUUUCUGGAGAGGCUGGCAUUUGGUGGCAAGGUGCUUUGCAAAGAAUGAUAGUUGCAGCAAGGAGAAAGAUUCUGUGGCUGAGUAUGUGACUAAGUUUGAAGACUUGGUCAGAUUUUGUCCUAUGUAUGAUGGUGUGGGCAAUGAGGAGGAAAAACUUGUGAAUUUUGUGAGUGGUCUUCGCCCUGAGAUUAAACAAGUUUUCAAUUAUCAAGAGAUCACUCACUAUCAUGAAUUGCUAAACAAGUGCCGAGUAUAUGAUGAGGACAACCGUGCUAGGGUAACUCAUUAUAAGAGUGGAGGACCCAUGAGGAAUAAUAAGUUUGGUUCAUCUAGUAAGAGUAGACCUUACAUCAAGUCUACUGGGGACUCAAGUUCUAAGGUGAAUAAUCAAGGUUCUGUGCAACAAAUGAGCUAA